UUCACAGGGAAAGAGGCAGAUCGGAGCAAUCUGUGAAGUGGCUGCGUUCGUCUCAGCUCUGCUCUGUGGGAUAAUGUGACCGAAGAGCCGCAGAAAGACGUUUCUGAACUUCCUUUCAAACCUCAGCUGGAAGGAAAAAUCUGCUUUGGCUGAUUGCAGAAAAAAGCCGACAUCAUCAGUUUGUCUCCUCACUGCUCCAUCGUCCUACAGAGAUCUGCCUUCUCUUCUCGCCAGCUCUGAUUUGACGCCUGUCUCGUCUUUUUUUGUGCUGAGGGUUCAGCCAUGCACCUCGGGUCAGACGCCCUGAUCCUGCUGAGUGUGCUGCCGCUGCUGCUGUGGGGAACUCUGGGAUCCGGAGAACAGAACGACACAGAGCCCAUCAUACUAGAGGGGAAAUGUUUGGUGGUGUGUGACUCCACUCCUUCGUCCGAACCUGCCGGGAACGCUUUGGGGAUGUCUGUCCGCUCCGGAUCCGGCCGAGUGGCCUUCUCCGCCAGCCGCCAGACCAACCACGAGCCCACAGACAUGAGCAACCGCACCAUGAUCAUCUACUUUGAUAACAUUUUGGUAAACGUCGGGACUCAUUUUGAUCAAGAGAGCAGCAUCUUCUUGGCGCCUCGAAGAGGAGUUUACAGCUUCAACUUUCACGUCGUGAAGGCCUACAACAGACAAACCAUUCAGGUGAGCCUGAUGGUGAACGGCUGGCCGAUGAUUUCUGCUUUUGCCGGAGACCAAGACGUGACCAGAGAAGCUGCGACCAACGCGGGGUUGGUGAUCAUGGAGAAGGGGGACAAGGCGUACCUCAGACUGGAGAGAGGAAACCUCAUGGGGGGCUGGAAGUAUUCCACUUUCUCCGGAUUCCUGGUUUUUCCUUUGUGAGGACGGUGGAAAACUUGAAAAGGAAUUGGAUGCAGAAUUGGAUGUUAAAGGGUAAAAAAAAGAAAAAAAAUCUAAGAUGGAAUUUUCUUAUCAAAUAAAGUGCAUGAAAGGGUGACAGUUAUGCAGAAAUGUAUGCAUAAAAGGAAAUAUAUAUCUAUAACAUUUAUUUGCUCUCAUUUUUCUGUAAAAAUAUAUUUUAAAAGUUUGUUUUAAAAAACAAUUACCUGUGAAAA